AUGGGUUGUAAUUCAACAAAAUCAAGUGGAGAGUAGAUCGUCUAGUGCGGGAAUAUUAAAAGGGUUUCAAAAUAAUCAAGUGAAUUAAUAGAAAUCUAGUAAAACAUUUUGAAGCACUUAAAUAAAUAGUAAUGCCAAAUAAGAACUAGUACUACGACUAUAUAAAGUACUCUAUCAUCAUACAGUAUUGAAUGAAUUUAAGAAUAGAAAAUAUCAGGAUGAGCAAUUAAAAACCAGAAAUGACCUUGUCCACUCUUGUUCUUUAGACAGAAACAGGGCAAUAGUAGUUAGACAGGAAAUUGGCAUUUUGAGUUAAAUAGCUUAGG